AUGUCGAAUGUGGACGAUUUGUUUAGUGUGUUCGAAGAGGAGAAAGACGACGACAAUGGACCCGUGCCGGUAGUUUUGACCGAAACAACGACGACGUCGUCCGUAAAUGAUUCGAAUAACGAUGAUAUCGCCAUGAAAGGAGAGUUGGCACCGACGGGUACCAAGCGCGACCUGGAAGUGGUCGAAGUCGAAAGCGACGAGGAACAAGUAUCGAAAAAAACAAAGGUGGAAUCGAUACUGGACGAUAUAAAUCUGGACAACAUUGAGAGUCGCAUCAAGGUACACACGAUACAGUCACCGGAAGCUUGUACGCAUGAGGUGGCUGUGUAUCCGGAUCAAAAAUAUAUGCCACUAGCACCGGCCACGGGCAAACCAGCGAAAGAGUACGCAUUCGUGUUGGAUCCAUUCCAGAAGGAGGCAAUUCUGUGCAUCGAAAACAAUCAGUCCGUUCUCGUGUCCGCACAUACGUCCGCCGGAAAAACGGUGGUGGCUGAAUAUGCCAUUGCGAAAUCACUCGCAGACAAACAGCGCGUUAUCUACACCACUCCGAUUAAGGCACUUUCCAAUCAGAAGUAUCGUGAAUUUCACGAAGAGUUUAAGGAUGUCGGUCUGGUAACGGGCGAUGUGACGAUCAACCCGAGUGCCUCAUGUUUAAUAAUGACCACAGAAAUUCUAAGGAACAUGCUGUACCGUGGAUCGGAGAUAAUGCGCGAGGUUGGAUGGGUUGUGUUCGAUGAGAUUCAUUACAUGCGCGACAAAGAACGUGGUGUAGUGUGGGAGGAAACGUUGAUUCUGUUACCGGACAAUGUGCACUACGUGUUCCUGUCAGCUACAAUACCUAACGCGCGCCAGUUUGCAGAAUGGGUGUGCCAUCUGCACAAACAACCCUGCCAUGUGGUGUAUACCGAUUAUCGACCCACCCCACUUCAGCAUUACCUGUUUCCGGCCGGUGGUGACGGGAUUCACCUGGUGGUGGAUGAACGUGGUCAAUUUAAGGAGGACAACUUCAACACGGCCAUGAACGUGCUGCAGUCGGCUGGAGAGGCUGCGAAGGGUGAUCAGAAGGGUAAGAAGGGUGGUCUAAAAGCGUCCAAUGCGGGUGAAACGAACAUCUUCAAGAUUGUGAAGAUGAUAAUGGAGCGAAACUUUGCACCGGUCAUCAUAUUCUCCUUCAGCAAGAAGGACUGCGAGGUGUACGCGAUGCAGAUGGCAAAGCUUGACUUUAACUCGACGAUGGAGAAAAAGCUCGUCGAUGAAGUGUUCAACAAUGCGAUGGAUGUGCUGACGGAGGAGGAUCGUCAGUUGCCACAGGUUGAGAACGUGUUACCCUUGCUGCGUCGUGGCAUCGGUAUACAUCACGGUGGACUGCUACCCAUUUUGAAGGAAACGAUCGAGAUUCUGUUCGGCGAGGGGUUGAUCAAGGCACUGUUUGCUACGGAAACGUUUGCAAUGGGAUUGAACAUGCCUGCGCGAACCGUUCUAUUUACCGGACCGCGUAAAUUUGAUGGAAAAAACUUCCGUUGGGUAACGUCCGGCGAGUACAUUCAAAUGUCGGGUCGGGCCGGUCGGCGUGGUUUGGACGACAAGGGUAUCGUUAUUCUGAUGAUCGACGAAGCCGUUUCACCGACGGUUGGAAAGGAAAUUGUACAGGGCAAACCGGAUCCGAUCAAUUCCGCAUUUCAUCUAACGUACAAUAUGGUGCUGAACUUGCUGCGCGUGGAGGAGAUCAAUCCCGAGUACAUGCUGGAACGGUCGUUCUUCCAGUUUCAGAACCAAUCGUCCAUACCGGAAAUUUACAAGCGCGUGCAACAGAAACAGAAGCAGCUGCAAGGGGUGGAGAUUAAGGAUGAACAGUCGAUCGCAUCGUACCAUCACAUUCGUGCGCAGCUGGACCGGCUUGGGCAAGAAUUCCGGGAGUACAUUACGCGCCCAGUAUAUCUGGUACCGUUCCUGCAACCGGGUCGUAUGAUCAAGAUCCAAUCGGAUGCGGGCGAGUUCGAAUGGGGCAUCAUAGUGAACUUCAAGAAGGAAAAUGCCGAUUCGAAGCAAAACCCACUCAAGACGGAGCAGAAGGUUGUUAUCGAUGUGUUGCUUCACGUUGCCGAUGGGUUCGAGAAGGAGGGCAUCCCCAAACCUUGCCCACCGGGAAAGCGUGGCUCGGUAGAGGUAGUUCCCGUGCUGCACAAGCUCGUGUCACGCAUCAGCUCGCUGCGUGUCUACUAUCCGAACGAUCUACGCCCAUCGGAUAAUCGUCGAUCGGUGUUAAAAACGAUCGAGGAAGUAAAGAAGCGUUUCCCUCAGGGUCCACCACUGCUGAAUCCGAUGACCGAUAUGCACAUCCAGGAGAAGCCAUUUCAGGGCAUUGUGGAGAUGAUUGAUAAGUUUGAGAAGCGUCUGUUUGCUCACCCGCUGCAUGAAUCGUCCGAUCUGGAGCGUGUGUACGCCCAGUACAUGAAUAAGCUAGAGCUGGAGAAUGAGUUGCGAAACGAAAAGAACGCACUACGGGAAGCACGCAGUCUGCUGCAGAUGAGCGAAUUGAAACACAGGAAAAGAGUGCUUCGACGAUUGGGUUACUGCACUACGGCCGAUGUGAUCGAGUUCAAGGGCAGAGUGGCAUGCGAACUGAGCUGUGCCGAUGAAUUGCUCAUCACGGAGAUGGUGUUUAACGGAACGUUUACCGAACUGACGCCGGCGCAAUCGUGCGCCUUGUUGAGCUGUUUCGUGUGCGAUGAGAAAAGCAGUGAAAUGCCGGCUGCAACGGAGGAACUAUCCGGACCGUUGCGUCAGAUGCAGGAUUUAGCCCGACGGAUAGCGAAGGUAUCGAACGAGUGUAAGGUGGAAGUUGAUGAGGAGCGGUACGUGGAGUCGUUCAAACCGUUCCUGAUGGAUGUGGUGUUGAGCUGGUGCAAGGGCGCCUCGUUUGCGCAGCUCUGCAAGAUGACGGACAUUUUCGAGGGUUCCAUUAUUCGGUGCAUGCGUCGUUUGGAGGAAUUGUUGCGGCAGAUGGUGCAAGCAUCGAAGACGAUCGGAAACACGGAUCUGGAGAAUAAGUUCGCCGAAGCGAUUCGGUUGCUAAAGCGUGAUAUCGUGUUCGCGGCUUCGCUCUACCUGUAG